AUGCGAGAUCGCGCCAGGCGAAAGGAACGAGGGGAUGAAGUCACCGAUACGGAGGAUGAGGACGACGAAAUGGAGGAGGAAAUGGAGGAGGGUACACGAAGCAGGCCACACUCGCGUUCGGCCUCUGUCGCAAGGAGUGCCCGCUCCACUUCUUCCGCGCCGUCGACUCCACCUGCAACUUCGGCUGCAGAAAUCCUUGCUGAGCUUGGGAUGUCGUUGCCAGUGGAGGAUGCAGUACUCGAGGCCAUGUCGUCGAAAAAGGUUACAAUUUUCGAGCAGUCCUGCUACACACUAUUUGGUGAGUAUGUCUGCCGAAUGGCGGCCGAGUUGGGCAUGCAAUAUGGAAGGCGAUCCGAUUUCGUCUUGGAGCGAGCUAACCUCCUUUUGAAGGAAAAACGAGGGCCUAACAGAGCAAACAAAUUCCGAACCUAUAUUAGCCGGACUCGCCAGGAUGAGAUGCAGGGAAUGACAAAGGAAGAAAAGGUCAAAUUUAUGGAUAAGUGCUAUGCUGAGUACAUGCAAGGCACUACUACCGGUGAGGAACGAGAAGAACGAAUGCAAGAAGUCUAUGAGUACCUUCAAGACGACGUGGUGGGAGGGGGUUCCUCAAUCGUCGCACCAGAAGUUCGUUUUGAACGCUGGCGCGCGAUGAUUGAGCGUUUGCUUAACAUCAUCCGGCGCACCGACCCCGAAUUCGACGUCGCGGGCAUUAUGGUCUACUCGGGAGACAACCCCUCGGCACAUCAAAAGGAUGGGCUUUUUGUCAACUCGUCGUUUUUGAAGGACCUCUUUGAGCGCGAGGAAUAUCCGAUUAGAAAGUGGACUGAUAUCUUUGCCACAACCGUUCGGGCCGCUCGAUAUCAGCAGGAUUUGCGGCAAGUUUUAGAUAUCGACGGCAACCACGAAGGAAGCAAGGACGUGCCCGUUUCGGUGAACACCAGCCGAAAGACUUCAGGAAUGAGUUCAUCUUCUGAAAGGUAUGCACCUUCGAAGGAUAGUCAAAAGGAUUUCAAGCAGAUCUUUAUGGCCAAAUGGCAUGAGACCGUUCCGCGCCCAAAGAGUAAAAGAACAACAAUGCUGUUGACAACAUUUGCAAACUAUGCAGAGACGGAGAAGGUCGCACUCACUGGAUGGCCUUCACACAAGGUGGACACUCCCUUGGGCCCGAAUUUCGUAUCUGGCAAGCUAUCUCAUAAACAAUGGGCGUUGCUUGCAAAUUUGUUGGACUCGGGGAAGAUGAAGAUCAGUCCUUGGGAUCAAAAAUUUCUCCAAAUAUCGGAGGAUAAUGCCCAGUAUGGCGAAAUCCCUCUGGUUUCCAGUUCUAACGGCAAGGCGAUGGUUUUUGUGAAAGAUUCACAACAGUGGAUCAAUCAGUUCUGCAAGAUUCAAGCUGAUGGGAAGAGAGUGGCAGGGAAAAGGCACCAUGCUGAGGUAGAGGCUGAGGUAGAGGGGGAUGAAGGCACUCAAAACCUUCAAGGUCCAUCGUCUUGUCCAUCUUCCCCGCCAUUGAAGAAGCGAAAAGUCAGCUUUGUUACUCUUCCCAAGGCCAGCUUUUAUGACAACCAUCGUGGUGCCCCGAAAUCGUACAAGGUCAAUCCUCGUUUCCUUAACUCCACUUCCACCCCUUCGACUUCGAAACCAACUCCUCAAGUCACUAAGGAAACUGAAGCAUUUUUCUGCGCUGUUAAAGGUUCCUCGGCCUCCUCGUCUUUGAAACGUUCUUGA